GAGAGCGCUGAUCGGGUGCCCGUCGCAGUCUUCGAAUGUCAGCCAGCGAGUGCAGAGGAUCAGCCGCGAAUGGAUUAAGUUAGGCAGCGAUCGUAAUUGGUGUUCUGUAAACCGUGCGAAAAAAGCGGCAUCGAACUGAAGUUAAUGGUGAAGAAAUUUGAAAAUUACGACAAUAGAGUGUUUGAUGUAUCACCCAUAAUUACAUGAGUCUCUAAUUAUUAAAAAGAGCUCACAAUUAAUACGUUUAAUCAAACGACGCUGAUAAGGAAUACGGCGAAAUCAAAGAGGGUAAAAUGGAAGUAACUAACACAACGGGGAUCCUCCUGCAGACAAUGUUGUUUAUGGCAAACCAUGAAUGGAACAACAGUUUGUUCAACGCGAUUCACAACGUCACCACGGUCCAUAAUAUAACGUUGACCUCCGAGAACACGCGCUGCUACGGAGUGUACGGCUGCUUUCCACUAACCUAUCCGUGGGUAGAUGAAAAGCGACCCCUGGCAUGGCAUCCACGAUCGCCGGCGCAGUUAGACGUCAGAUUUCCAGUAUUUAACAAACCGGUCCGUGAGCAUCCCCAGUUUAUCGACAUCAACGAUCCGGAUGCCGUCCGACAUCUGGGGAUUAACCCAAACGGUAGGAUCUACUUUGUUACCCAUGGCUAUAUAGAGUCCGGCGAUAGACCGUGGAUUCAAAACUUCGUUAACACCUUUCUGGACAAUGACCCGGACGGGACGGCAACAGUUGUGGUUAUCGACUGGCGCAAGGGUUCUGUACCUCCGUACACUCAGUGUGUCGCUGAUAUCCGGUUGGUGGGUGCUAUAGCGGCUCACGUGAUCCACAUGCUCUAUCAGGAGUUGGGUAUGCGAAACCUGGAUAAAGUGCACGUCCUUGGACAUUCGUUGGGAGCACAUGUCUGUGGGUACGUUGGAUAUUAUCUGCAGAGGGACUUCGGACUCCAGUUGGGACGCAUCACGGGUAUGGAUCCGGCGGAACCGAUGUUCUCCGAUACGGAUCCGAUCGUGCGGUUGGAUUCUUCCGAUGCCAAAUUCGUGGACAUUAUACAUACGGAUGCCACCCCCUGGGUGGAACGUUGGCCACGACCCGGAGGUCUUGGAAUGUACCAAGCUAUUGGACAUGUCGAUUUUUACCCGAAUGGGGGAAAUAGCCAGGUCGGCUGCGGUGAUCCGAUGGAGAAGUUUAUCAGCAAGCACGAAGAUUCUUUCUUCUGGGGAUUCCAGGAAUUUUUCGGCUGCAACCAUCUGCGGUGCCAUCAGCUGUACACGGAUUCUAUUCCGCAGCGCUGUCCAUGGAUGGCGAUCGGGUGUGAAUCGUGGGAGCAGUUUCUGGCUGGCGAAUGCUUCGAGUGUGACGUGGAUGGUCAUUACUGCAUCGAUUUCGGUCCGAAUGCGCAGGGCAGCUACAAGCGGUUGAUCGAGAACGGUGUUAUGAUGCAAGCGCGGCCGAUUCGUGCUUACAUGAUUACCGGGGAUGACUCACCGUAUUGUCGAACGCACUAUAAGGUGACAUUGUCACUAUCGAAGAGCGACGAGAGUUUGAUUCACGGCGGUGAAAUCGGUAAAAUGGCACUGGAAAUGUUUGGUCAAGAGCGACAGCGGUCGGACAAGAUGGAGUUCACCAAAGAACCGAUCUAUUUUGAACCGGGUCGAAACUAUUCGGCAGUCAUGGCCGGAAAGGAUGUGGGCCUGCCAAAGAAGGCAUUCCUGAGCUGGGAGUACAAGACAAACCCGUUGAAUCCACUCACCUGGCGGCUGUUGGCAGCACCUAGAGUUUACGUCGCGUACAUGAUUGUCCAAACGCUGGAGCACCGGUCGUGGCAGAAGCUAUGUCCUCUGCAGAACGCACCGGUUCAUGCCGAUCGGGAUAACGAGUUCCGGCAGGAUUACUGUAGUGACUAGUGAUGGUAGAGGAAGCGGAAGAAAUUUUCAUGUAUUAGGGAAAUAAUUUAUGGCUGCGCAAUAAAACUGUUAGUUUUCGAAUUGAGGCUACAAGUGA